CAAUUUUUCUCCAGCAUCUGGAAUCUGUUCAUUCCACCAAGACAUCCUUUGGGGUUACUUAUUGUGGGAUUCGGGGUGGGGUGCAGAGGAGGACGCUACAAAGGCACGGACUACAGGGGGCAAUCUGUGAAGUUGCGCCCCAGGGGUGUCCUGGGCCCCUGGACACGCGGAAGGGGACCACUGCAGUUUUACAGUAAAAUUGUGAUUUCCCACCUUUCAAGAAUUUUCCGAAGAAAUACAGCUCCCAGCUAUAGUGAGGCCCAAGUACUGCCUUGGUCCAGGAUGGCUAGAGAAUCGAAGGAAAGCGCAGCCUUGGACGCCCAGUCUGCAGAGGACCGGACCGGGAUCCUGACCGUGAAGGUGGAGAAGGAGGAAGCCUCCGCCUUGGCUGCUGAGGCGGGCGCCCCAGGCAGCCCAGCUCCGGGAUCCGAGCACUCCCGCCAGCGCUUCCGAGGCUUCCGCUACCCGGAAGCUGAGGGGCCCCGCGAGGCUCUGAGCCGGCUCCGGGAGCUCUGCCGACUGUGGCUGCGGCCUGAGGUGCACACUAAGGAGCAGAUCCUGGAACUGCUGGUGCUGGAGCAGUUCCUGACCAUCCUGCCGGGGGACCUGCAGAGCUGGGUGCGGAAGCAGCAUCCCGAGAGCGGGGAGGAGGUGGUGGUGCUCUUGGAGUAUUUGGAGAAGCAGUUGGAUGAGCCGAUGCCGCAGGUCCCAGGUGGUGACCAGGGGCAAGAACUGCUCUGUUGCAAGAUGGCAGUGUUGACACCAGCUCAGAGGUCACGAAAUACCCAGUUCCAGCCAAGAAAGGCUCCACUCAAGCAUGAAUCUUUGGGAUCCCAGUCCUUACCAGACAGAGUUCUCCAGGUUCCUAGGCUUGCCUCUGGAGGGCGCUGCAGAGAAGAUGCAGUGGUAGCCACCAGGCUUGCUCCAGAGUCCCAGGGGCUGCUGAAAAUGGAAGAUGUGGCCCUGACCCUCGCUCCUGGAUGGACACAGCUGGAUUCAUCUCAGGUGAACUUCUACAGAGAUGAAAGGCAGGAGAACUAUGGCAGCCUGAUCUCCUUGGGUGGUGCAGUGCAGACGAAGAUCAGGGACCUGCCUCCAGACGAGGACCAUCCAGGACAAGAGUCUGGUCAGAUACCAUGCCACUUGGGUGAAGCCAUUGGCCAGAUUCCUGCACGUGCAGAAGCUGGUGAUCAGGAGGGCAGGUUACAAAGAAAGCAGAAAAGUGCUGCAGGGAAUAGGCGGCAUUACUGUCAUGAAUGUGGAAAGACUUUUGCUCAGAGUUCAGGCCUGACUAAGCACAGGAGAAUCCACACUGGGGAGAAACCCUAUGAAUGCGAGGAGUGUGGCAAGACCUUCAUCGGGAGCUCUGCCCUCGUCAUUCAUCAGAGAGUCCACACUGGGGAGAAACCUUAUGAGUGUGAGGAAUGUGGCAAGGUCUUCAGUCACAGUUCAAACCUUAUCAAACACCAGAGAACUCACACCGGGGAGAAGCCCUACGAGUGUGAUGACUGUGGGAAAACCUUUAGCCAGAGCUGCAGCCUCCUUGAACAUCACAAAAUCCACACUGGGGAGAAGCCAUACCAGUGCAAUGUGUGCGGCAAAGCCUUUAGGCGCAAUUCACAUCUCCUCAGACAUCAGAGGAUCCACGGCAAUAAAAACGUUCAGGAUCCUGACCGUGGAGAGACCUGGGAGAGUCAGGGGAGGAUGGAAAGCCAGUGGGAAAAUGUUGAGGCUCCCGUGUCUUAUAAAUGUAAUGAGUGUGAGAGAAGUUUCACUAGGAAUAGAAGCCUUAUUGAGCACCAAAAAAUCCACACUGGUGAGAAACCCUAUCAGUGUGAUACAUGUGGAAAAGGCUUCACCCGAACUUCAUACCUUACUCAACAUCAGAGAAGCCAUGUUGGGAAAAAAAUUCUGUCUCCAUGACCCAUGUCUUAUAUGCCAGAGUUGGUGCUCACUCCUCGUUGAACUGAAGCCACCCUGGAGCCCUUGCUGACUAGAAAAUUGUGAGCUGGGCUUUAUUUACUCCCGCACAUCAUCAGGUGUUUGUUAGAAAAUAGAGACUGGCUGAGA